AUGCUGUUUGGUUUCGCUUACCUGUUCUUCAUCUUCAGCUUUGUUAUCUAUGACGGAAUCCAUGACGCAGUCGACGCUAUAUGGGUAGUAGGAAUUCGAGGCAAAAUUUGGGUUAGGGAUCUAGUCAUUCCCUUUCGCGGAAGUGGUAUUGCGGCAAGCAGCUUGCGGCCAGCUUCGCCCUUCGUCCUUUCGGCCUCAGUCAAUAGACAGACUGCAAAGAUCAGAACACAAGUUGUCCCACACUUGCUGCAAGGGGUCAUUGUCAUAGCAUCGACGGAGAAGCGGUUCAAAAAAUGUGUCCGGAAAGCUGUAAAUUGUGUGACUGCAGAGAUCUUGCUCCUCGAAAUGUUUGCGAAGCAAUUAGCAACGUCAGCCACUGUUUUAGAUACAGGAAUCAUUCCGACUACUUUUGUGCUAGAACCUGCGGAUUUUGUGAUAGGGCCUAGUAGGCUGCUAACGUCGACUUGA